UAGGCGGUUGGAAAAUUUUUAAUUUCGCAAAUUGUCUUAAGAAGAAAUAUGCCAACUAAUACUUGUUAAAUACAUAAAUUCAAAUCAAAGUGUUCCAAAACUGAAAAUAAAAAUGGUCAUCGGUGCAAAAUCAUUUCUAAUGUUCUCUUGCUAAUGCUCAACAAUUAUUAUCCGCUCUUAAAUAGUUGGGCAAUUCUCUGCAACCAAAAAACCUAAGCCAAGCAAAAGCACACAUCUUUCGGAAAAUCUCAAAGCUGACGCAAAAGUAGCAGGGGUGCUUUGCCAACAUACGGAAUCAUGAGGAAAUGAAACAGAGAGCGAAUGCAGCGAAUUCGCCGUCAGCGCCACAAGAUGCAGACACACACCCCCAAAGCGGCACGCAGCAGUUGUAGCAGAGGUAUCCUCAGUAACAACAACAAAAGCAGCCCACAAACGCAGCUGAACAAGGCGGUGGCGGUGCAUUGCGUACGGAGAGAGAGAGCGUGAGCGCACACAUGCAAAGAAGUGGCUUUCCGGCGCUCACGCAUACCAGCACACGAUACAACAGCUGAGCUGAAGCGGCUGCGAGCCACUCACACGAACCCAAUUGGGAAGCAGGCGGCCUUCUCGCAGUGUGAGUGUAACGGGAGUGGGCAGCGCUGCUGGCGACGCUGCAAGCUGCAGUGUAUCCACGUUCAACCGCAAACAUUGAGUUUAAUUCACGUACGCGAGUUCAGUUCGCAUUCAACUGUUGUGUCGUGUCGUUCGUCUGAUUGAAAUUGAAUAGAAUUAACGCCGACGAGAGUGUGUGAAGAAGUGAUUUGCUUUGUGAUGAUGAACAGCAACUGUUUUGAUUGAACGGCCAAAGCGACCGCGCGCACACAUUUUGUGAAUGAGUAAAGCAAAUGUUGGAUGCGAUCUGUUUAUUUUCGAUGCGUUGCGAUGUGAUGUAUGCCGACAGCCGCAGCAUUAGCAACCGUGAAGCGCGCAUUAAAAUUUCUAAAAAAAAAUAAUUAAAACAAAAAACAAAACAAAAUUUGUAUAAACAAAAUAUUUUUGUGAAAAUUACAAACUGUGAAGCAACUUGUGAAUUUAUAAUAAAUGAGUUUCUUGCAAAAAAAAAAGUGAACUACAAGUGAAUGACAAGUCUGCAUAAUUAUUUUGUUGGCGUGAAAGAAAAAGUUUUAUAAGAAAUCGGUGAAAAAGUGAUUAUUUAUACGCAACGCAAACGGCGAAAAUCGAUUUUCAGAACAAAACAUAAAAUAUGUAUGUAUGAAACAAAAAUAUAUACAGCUAUAUAUAGAGCUGUAACAAAACCGUAUAAAUAAAACUUAAAUUAAUGCGCGCAGAAAAAGCCAGCGCAGCAGUAAAAAGCUGUGAACAGCAGUGAACAGUGAAAAAGUUUCCAGCGUUGCAGCGCAACAAAUUUUCUUUAUUUCAACAGAAACAAUUUAGAAGUAUAAAAAAAUCAUUUCUGAAGCAAGUGACAACAGAAAAAUCGAUAAACUAUUUGAAAAAUGUGCUACACUUGAAAACAAGUGCUUAAAAACUUUAUUAUAAUAAACUCAAUACUGAUAUAUAUCACAAAAGCUAUAAGCAAAACAAAAACCGAAGGUAAAAUGGAUAUGACAAAAGACAUUAUUGACUACACACAAAAACACACCGAAACGGCCGACCGCUUAAUUGCCGGCUAUCAAUCGCCACUUUCCGAGAUCAGUGAGAACGAAGCAAACACACGCGCAUGCGCCGCAGCCUCACCAUUUCAGAUUGGCAGCAAUAUAGUCGAAGCUAAAAUCACAACAACAACCAACGCCUAUAACGACGUGCCGGAACAAACACCGGCCAACACUGCACACGCCGCGCAGCAACUCGAGCAGCACACAUCAACACAAGCAGACGCUAUGGAGCAGCAGCCGGCUGCUGAAACGGCGAAUAGCAUGUCGGUUGACAAAACCAGUGAAACAAAUACUAUUGCAACAGCCAAGACUGUGAGCGCAGUGGUGAGUGGUGAUAUAACGCCACCACCACGCCCAUUCACUACCAGCGAAGUGGUUGGCUUGAGUUCGGCACUUGAUGAUGAUCCCGACUUGCACGUCGACGUGCAGCUACCCAAGUCGCGUUCCCUGCCCACAUCGCCCGAUCAUCACAGACGCAGCUUGGACUCAGCAUCAGCAGAGAUAUUGACGCGCAUGAAUGCUGCGCUGUUUGGAUUCGAGCAGCGGCGCGGUCUGGACGGAGCGAUGCAUAUGCCAAUGCGCAUAUCGAAGUUGACGAAGCAGUCAACACCGUUAGCUGCACGUAAGUCCAUUUCGCCGCUCGGCUUGAAGUCGAAGAAGCAAUUGGCCGCAGCCGCUGCGGUGGCAACAAACUCACAGCAACAACAGUUCUGCUUGCGCUGGAACAACUACCAAACCAAUUUGACAAAUGUCUUCGAUGAGCUGCUGCAGAAUGAGUCCUUUGUGGAUGUAACGCUCGCUUGCGAAGGUCAGUCCAUCAAGGCGCACAAGAUGGUGCUAUCCGCUUGCUCGCCAUACUUCCAAGCGCUCUUCUACGAUAAUCCUUGCCAGCAUCCCAUAAUUAUAAUGCGCGAUGUGAGAUGGGAAGAGCUGAAAGCCAUAAUGGAGUUCAUGUAUAAGGGUGAGAUCAAUGUCAGUCAAGAGCAGAUAAAUCCUUUGCUGAAAGUCGCCGAAAUGUUGAAGAUACGCGGUUUGGCGGAAGUGAGCGCCGGAAGUGGUCAUGGUAUGGCCGCACCACAUCCUAUGAUGCCCGAACAGCGCAUGACCAUUUUCGAUGACGAGGAGGAAGCUGAAAGCGAUGAUGAUACAGAAAGUGCCGAAGAUGGGUGCCAAAAGCCAAAACGUGCACGUAUGCUGGAUCCUACAAUGGGCAAGGUUUUUCCACAUACUGCCGCACUUGAUUUAAAUUUGGCUGCACAGCGUCAGCGCAAACGUUCGCGAGAUGGUCUAUUCACCGAUGGCAAUAUGUCACGUUUCGGUGCCAAUGCUUCAAUGCAGUCAACAAGCGAGUCAGCGGAACCCAAUACGCAAACAACCAACGCUACCACUGACGAAACAAGUGGCGCUGAUGUCAGUGCUACUCCACAACAACCAGUCGUUGCCGUGACCACAUCCACCAUUGUACGCAAUCCUUUCGCUUCGCCAAACCCCAACCCUACUAACAACGCCGCAGCAAAUGCCAAUCAAAGCAACUCACAGUCCGCCAUUGCAACAACUUCAGCACCAACCGCUGCUAGCUCAUCAACACCAACGCUUUGCAGCUCAACACCGACUGCACCAGACACACCAACAUCACUUGCCACCGGUCACUCAUAUCGUCCACCAUCUAUGCCGUCGGCCAGCAGUCUCAAAGGUGCAAUGUCUUCGCCAGCCGCAGCCGCAGCCGCAGCAGCAGCAGCUACUGCAAGCGGCAUGCCCUUGAAUGUACAUUCCAAUCCCGUUGCCGCCGCCGCCGCAGCAGCUGCGUUGGGCGUAAAUCCACAUCAUCCGCAUCACCCGCACCAUCAUCAUCAUCAUGCCGCAGCUGCGGCCCAACAGUUGGCCGCUCAACAUCAGUUGCAUGCAGCGGCGCACUCACACGCGGCUAUGGCUUCAGCCUUAGGCGCUUCUCUGGCUGCUGGUGCUGGCGCAGGCGCCGCUGGCACAGGAGCCGCUGGGGCUGCAAAUAUUUCAUCCGCGGUGGGACAUCAUGAUGAGCUGGAGAUCAAACCAGAAAUCGCUGAGAUGAUUCGUGAGGAAGAAAGGGCUAAAAUGAUUGAAAGUGGACAUCCUUGGAUGGGCGCAGCGUCGACAUCUUCCGUAACCGCAGACAGCUAUCAGUAUCAGUUGCAAUCGAUGUGGCAAAAAUGUUGGAAUACGAAUCAGCAAAACCUUGUGCAACAAUUGCGGUUUCGUGAACGCGGUCCCCUAAAGUCGUGGCGCCCUGAGGCAAUGGCCGAAGCCAUAUUCAGCGUAUUGAAAGAGGGUCUCUCGCUAUCGCAAGCAGCACGCAAAUAUGAUAUACCCUACCCCACUUUCGUUUUAUAUGCAAAUCGCGUGCAUAAUAUGUUGGGACCCUCCCUGGAUGGCGGCACCGAUCCACGUCCGAAAGCACGCGGACGCCCACAACGCAUCUUGCUCGGCAUGUGGCCCGAGGAGCUCAUACGUUCGGUUAUCAAAGCGGUUGUAUUCAGAGAUUAUCGUGAAAUUAAAGAGGAUCUAGCACAUGUGUACGCCAAUGGACAAAUGCAAGCGGGCUCCCCUUUCGGCGCCGCUGGUAAUGCAGCAGUAGCAGCCGCUGCCGCCAAUGGUUAUCAUAACGCCGCCAAGUUGGCCGCACAGAAUGCCGCACUCGCACCGCCCGACUCGCCCAGCCCACUUUCCACGAUGACCGAAACACUGCGCCGCCAAAUUAUGUCACAACAACAGCAAUCGCCCAUUUCGCAAACAAUGAACAUGUACAAAUCGCCAGCCUAUCUACAACGUUCGGAAAUUGAAGAUCAAGUAUCGGCGGCGAAUGCCAAACAACACGCCGACGCACGACGCACCUCCGACAACAUGCCCGAUCUGAGCGCGCUCGGCGGCCUAAUGGGUAUACCCGGUUUGAAUGUGAUGCCAGCGCAAGCAGCAACGCGCGCCAGUCAAAUGCAUCAGAGCGGCGCCGGUUAUGCCAGAGAGCGUGAGCGCGAACGUGAGCGCGAGAGAGAACGCGAACGUGAACUAAAGGAGGCCAUGCAAGCGCGCCAAUAUGGCAAUCAAUCGCGCGGCUCCAUUGGCGCGUCCAGCGGCAGUACCCAAAAGAUGCCGGCCACAGCGACUGCGGCGGCCGAUUCGGCGGCGGCAGCUUACGCACACUAUAAGAACAAAGAGCACGCCACCAAUUACGCGUUCAAUAAACGUUUCGCCGAAACGCUACCGCCUGGCAUCGAUUUCGAAGCAAUCGCCAAUGGUUUGCUGCAGAAAUCGGUGAAUAAGAGUCCGCGCUUCGAAGACUUCUUCCCCAGUGAAUUCUUUGGCAAUGCUGAAAGUGCUGCUGGUGCUGGCGCCGCCUAUCCGCCCACUCGCGAAUCGCCGCUUAUGAAGAUAAAGCUGGAGCAUCAAGCGAGCGCCGAAGUGCCACACGAAGAUUGAGCUGUGUGUGAGUGAGCGCGCGGAUGCGUCGAAGCGUCCGAAGAGUGAAAGCGUUAGCGGGCAGUUGUGUAGUAUCCCAGGGCAGGGUAAGGCAAUAAUAUAGUUUAGUAGUUGUAUGCCAUAUAGUAUAUGCACAUACUAAAACACACACACACACAUAUAUAUGAUAUAAAUAUUUAUGGACAUUUGGAGGAAGUAGGAAUUCUUUAAGAAUACAAUUUUUUGACUGCUAUUUAACCCCAACGUAUAUAGGUUAGUGCGUAGGUUUUAGGUAUACUAAAUUACAUAUACAAGCGUAGAUACAAACACACGUAUACAUGUCUAUAUUUCAUGAAAAAUUUGCAGAUAAGUCUAAGUAUAUAUCGUAGUUGCUAUAUGCGAAUAAGUAAGCCUUAUUUUAAGUUAUCGCUUAGUCGUAGGCUAGUGCUGAAGCUGUAAGCGAGCGGGUUGGUGUGUAGCGCAGCUAAGCAGCUAAGUAUGCUAAGAAAAUAUGUAGGAUUUGUAGUUAAAAGUUUUAUGUUGACUGCGGUUAGAGAGACAAACAGUUUCCAGUGACUUUGAAGAAAAUGAGCAAGUAAUAGAGAGUAGCAGCUUAGCGACUAGCUAAUGCUAAUUUCUGAAUUUUUAGUUUGAUUUAUUUCCUUACAUGCAUAGGAUCUCGUUGUAAUACACAUGUAUACAUAAACUCGUUGUACAUUUAUUUAUUCGCUUGGCCGCAUUUCUCCUUCAAAUGCGCGUUUUGUAUUAAUAAAGCAGUAAUAUAUAAAAAUAAUUAAUUAAAAAAAAUUAUUAUGCAUUAAAAAAUUUUGUGUAAUUAUAAAAAUUAUUAUGUAAUUAAAAUAGUAAUAGUAAGGGAAAAGUAUGUAUUUAUAAAACAAAGUUUUCGCAAAUCAUAGACUUGAGCAUUUUUAAAUGUACGAAUAGGUGUCUAAGUGUCAGCAAUGUAUUUAAUAGCUAAGAAUUUAGUGUGUAUGUAUGUGUUAAAAAUAUUAAAAAAAAAUUGACACUAAAAUAAAUUUAGUAAGUGAAAUAAUUGAAAAGAAAAUAAAAAAUGUUAAAAACAAAUAAGUAUAUUAAAAAUAUUACGAAAAAUAAGUAAGUUGAUUUAAAAAAAAUAUUAAAAAUAUUGCAUUAAACCGGAAAAAAUUACACAAAAUUAUAAAUAUAUUUUACCCGACUUCCAUUUUGCAAAUGCCUUUUUUUAAUAAUAAAAUAAUUUGAAAUAAAAUAAAAUGAAAACAAGUUUGCUAAGUCUUAGUUGGCUGCUGGUAAAAUUAUUAUUUAAUUGUAAAUAAUGUACAAAUUAAGAUAUAAACUGUAAAAAAUAAACUAAAAGUAAGCUAAAAAGUAAAUUUACUAUAAAUUAUAUAAAAUUAAGAAAUGAUAUAAUCUUGCAAGCAAGCGCAGCGCUGUUCAGUAGUUAUGAGUCCAAACACACAAAUGCAUUUUGCAUACUCAUGCAUAACUUGCAGAAAAAAUUGCUUGUGUUUCCCUACACACAUACAUACCCACACAUGCGAUAACUAUAAAAAUUCCAGAAGGAAAUGUGUAAUGGAAAAAUUAAAAAUAUUUGAUGAAGAUUUAUUUUUGCUUCGCUAUUGUUGUGUUUGCUUUAAGUACACAUAGAAACACAUACACACACAUACAUAUACAUAAAUAAUGAAUUUGAUAUGUGUAACUACUUUACAUUGUAUUUACCAGUUAUAUAGGCAUAAAGUAAGCUGUAAUGCGUAUUGUAGAAUUAUAUACAACAAACAUAAAAUCAUACAUACAUGCUACAGUGUAAUCCCAUGUAAUAAUUACUGUAAUAUGAUGGAUAUGGAGGAAUAAGUCAACAAAACGUGCAUGCGCUGAUGCAAUGACGUGAAUAAAUAUUUUUAGUUAAUCGUGAAUAUAAAAUAAAUUAAU